CACCUAGACUCCGUCCUUAAUUCUAACAAGUGGUAUCAGAGCGAUAUUAAGGACAUUGAGAGGAGUCUACAGAAGUGUGAAGACCCUUUUAGACCCACCAUGGCCUGUGGGUGUGCCUAAGUGGUGUUCUAAAGGUUGGAUGUGUCUUCCGCUAAGGGGAAACUCUGCCGAAAUUUCGUGGACGCCGACACUUGUGAAAAUAUCGAGGGAGCUGAGUGUGGACAGCAAAGGGGAGCUGAAAUUCCAAGAUCAAUGGACACCUGAGUGGCUAAGGCAGCAGAUUCUGCAGGAGGACUUCCGCAGACGCCAUGUGGGAGGCGGUGCUGCCACUAAGACUGCUGAGGGGUAUGGAGCUGCAGGGCGCGGCAAAGGAAGAGGGGGUUGGAAAGGCCGAGGCCGUGGGAGGAGCUUUGGCAGAGGUAGAGGCCGAGAUUUGCUUGAUGAGGUAAAACCCCCUGGGAAGAUCAAGUAUGUGGCAGCAGCGUCAGGUGCUUUGCUCCCUGUGAUUGGCGUUGGGAAUGCCAAGGUUAAGGGAGCUAAUGGGGAGCUUGUGGGGCUUGGGAAUGUUCUGCUAGUUGAAGCAACGGCAGCAGCGGCAAAGGCAACAGCAGGAGGAGAUGCAACUGCACCAACUGAUGGGGUCCUGGAAGCAGUCAAGAAAGUGCAGCAGCAGCAGACACAUAGUGAGGUGCUUGCUGGUGUGGAUGCGAGUGCGGCAUAGGCUAAGGCUUCAUCAAGGAGUGGUGAGGCCGAUUGGGAGACAUGGCAUGAGAGGCUGUGUCAUGUGAACUUCCCUAUGCUGCAGAAGUUGGUAAAGGAUGGGAGCCUGAAAGGCUUGGAGGUGAAAGGGGGAGUGAAGGAGAUUAGGAGCUGCCCUACAUGCUUGGAGACCAAGUUCUCCAAGUUCCCUUUCAACAGCACUACAGGACCAGCCAAGACCCCACUUGCACUUGUGCA